CAUACUUUUCAAUAGUUUUAUUUUUUAUCCGUCGUGUAAAUGUGUAAUUCAUGUGUACUCUUGUCCCUUAUCAACGAUGUCGUAUCUGACCGGCCAAACUUUGAAAACUUUUCGUGGCAUACCUACCGGUAGUCAUUAAUUCUGUCCAGUUUCCAGUUGACAGUUUCCUACUAUCCAGCGUCCACUGACCGCUAUCCAGUAACUACUACUCGACCCCGCCUGGACAUCGUGUUGUUCUACUGUAUUCUGGUUAUUAUUCUCAACCCAAUAUUGCAGCCGAAAAUGAACAAAAACGUCGCUUCGGCGGUUCACAAGAACGCCAACGGCGCCAACAAUUGGAUAAAGUUUACGAACGCUUUACCACCACCAGCCAGUAAUUUGAACAAUGCCGUCAUACAGAAACAGGAAAAAAAAGACAUCGAAGUUGUAGCGAUCGACUGCGAAAUGGUCGGCAUACACCCUGAUGGACAAGUAAACAUGUUAGCUCGCGUCUCUAUCGUCAACUCCAAGGGUGAAACCAUUUAUGACAAGUUUGUCAAACCCACAGCAAAGGUAACAGAUUACCGCACGCCAGUGAGCGGCAUUCGACCUGAAGACAUUGAACACGGGGAGUUAUUUGUCAAAGUAAAAAAAGAAGUCACACAAAUACUUAAAAACAAAUUAUUAGUAGGCCACGCACUUGAGCAUGACUUAAGGGUAUUAAAAAUUUCACAUCCCAAACACAUGAUUAGAGACACCUCAACGUAUUGGCAAUUCAAGCAAUUGACAGAAGGUCGAACGCCCGGUCUGAAACGAUUGACAUUACAUUUUCUUGGAGCUAGCAUACAAGAAGGUGAACACAGUUCUGUUCAAGAUGCCAAGGCAGCACUUCAGUUGUACAUGCUAGCUCGGAAAGAUUGGGAAUUACUAUUAAAAAAGAGAAGAAGCCGUCCCAGAAAUGGAAAUAAGUCACAGGGAAAACAUAAAUAGUAUAUUUUUCUAUUUAUAUAAAUCAAAGUUUUAUUUUGAAUAAUGAUAAGACUGUUUUUAAGAUUA